AUGGCAGAGAACAAGCCCGCGGUCGUCUGUGUCUUCUGCGGCUCAACAGCAGGCAAAGACCCCAUCCACCUCGAAGCAGCCCGAGCCCUAGCCUACCAGUUCCACAAGCACAAUGUCCAACUCGUCUACGGCGGCGGCACCACAGGCCUAAUGGGCGAGAUCGCCAAGACCCUCGUCUCCCUCUCCGGCCCCAAGUCAGUCCACGGCGUGAUCCCCCGCGCCCUGGUCAAAGUAUCAGGCAAGGGCCUCGAGAGCGGCACGUCCACCCCGGAAGCAAAAGGCGGCAAGGCCGCGGAACGAGUACUCCCCCAGGCCGAGGAGGGCGAAGAAAUCCCCCAGUCGGAAUACGGCAUUACGACGAUCGUGCACGAUAUGCACACCCGUAAGCGGUUGAUGGCUACGAUGGUGUUGGAGGGUGGACCGGGUUCGGGCUUUGUUUCGUUGGCGGGUGGGUUUGGUACGAUUGAGGAGGUUAUGGAGAUGACGACGUGGAAUCAGUUGGGGAUUCAUCGGGUUGGGGUGGUGUUGUUGAAUAUUAAUGGGUAUUGGGAUGGGUUGCUUGCUUGGGUGCGGAAUGCUGUUGAGCAGGGCUUUAUUACUGGGGAGAAUGGGUCGAUUUUGGCCGAGGCGCAUACUGUUGAGGAGGUUGUGCCGAAGUUGUUGGAGUAUCAGUGCAGUUGUGACCGGAUGCAGUUGAACUGGGGCCAGGAGUGA